AUGGAUCGAAUUAGACGGCAGUUUUUUCCCGGAAUUCACAUCUAUCUUGUGUUUGAGUUGAAGGAGUCACGUUCCACGUCCGGUUCGAGUAGUUCCGAUUCCGGCAAUGCACUGACCAAUGGUGAUACGCAUGGUAGCGCAGGUGACGGCGGUGCUGGUGUCCAUGCGAAUAAUUCACCGGCUGAUAAGCAGUUACUGCUUGGCACCGAAUGUGUUGUUUGUGGUGACAAAUCAAGCGGCAAGCAUUACGGGCAGUUCUCGUGCGAGGGUUGCAAAUCAUUCUUCAAAAGGUUAUUGCUUGAUCACUGGCCAUUUUUCUGCUCCAAAAUUUUUUAGGC